CAUUUUCUCACCACAUUCUUUCCACAACAUUAAUUUUGCUACAUCGAAAAGAAAAAAUAUGAGUGUGAAAGGCAAGUUGACUGCUUCAGUAGAAGUGAAGUGUGAUGGACAUUUGAUUUAUGAUCUUUUUCACUCUAAUACUCAUCAUGUACCCAACAUUAGUCCUAGUAGGGUCAAUCAUUUUGAAAUUCAUCAAGGUGGAAUCAUAAAAGUUGGUUCGAUAGUAAGCUGGAAAUAUUACGCUGAUGGAAAAUUGAAGAUUGUUAAGGAAGUUAUUGAAGCGGUCGAUAAUAAGAAAAAAUCAAUUACCUGGAAAGUGAUUGAAGGAGAUCUGUUGGAGUUGUACAACUCCUUUACUAUCAUCUCAUCUUUUGAACUUCAGUGGACUACAUGUACAUUAGCAUAUGAGAAGAAAACCGCAGCCACCCCAGACCCUCUCGCUUUCUUGGGUUAUUUCAUUGAAUUGACUAAAGAUAUCGAGGAUCACUUUCUCAAAAAAUAAAAAAAUUGAUGUCCAAUUACCCUAUACAAAUAUGUGUGUUUGUGCUUGUGUGAUGAAAAUUUACAAUAUUGUCUAGUUCUAGCUAGCAUAUGAUAUAAUUCAAUAAAUAAUAUUGUGUUUGAAAACACGUUACAUAUGCUACUCGAUAGCUAUGAGAUAUCUUUCUAUGGAUGUAUUUCUAAUGA